CAAACGGGUCAUGUACCAUUGCUCCUUAACCUUAAGACUUCGAGGGGAAGAAAAUAUCCCAAAUUGUCAAAACCCUAAUUAUCAUCACCGCAGGGGAGCCAUUCAAUUUACUGGGUUGCCAAAAUAAUUCCAAAUCCAAAAUCCGGGAAUUUCUUUAGAGAGUUCGAAAGAUUCAAGAUUCGUUGGAAUCUUACUGUUGUUCUGGGGAUGAAUUCUGGUUGUGGGAUUGAUUUUUUAAAUGGGGAUUGACGGUUUCUUGAUGAUCAAACUAGUUUAGCAUUCUUUUCCCCAUUUGGAGAUAUUUCUCCAAUUUUAUUGCUUGUAGAUCUCUUUCACAUCCCUUUGUUGAUUUCUCUUUUUCCUUUCUAAUCUUUUGUGAAUUACAUUGGUCCUAUUGAUGGUUUUGAUUAAAAUCUGGACAUGACUAUUCGGGGAUCGAACGACUUCAUUCAUUCAUGUAUUCAUUUUUCUCUACCUGUUGAGUAUCAUCUUCCUGUCGAUCAUCUCUGGAACUCUCCUUUACCUGCCUUUUUUUGUAUUACUGUAUUCUAUCAGCCCUUAAUUGAAAAUUGUUCGAAUUGAAACUCCUUGUAGCCACACCCCUAAUGGCAGAAAUUCAAUUAACAAUCUUACUCAGAGGCUUCUUUUGGCCUCUCAUUUUGUUUCCAUCUAUCCGUGCUUGUCUUCUUUCUUUUCCAAAUGUUUCUGGCUUCUUUGCUCCCAUCAGAGUUCCAGCACAAGCUUAUCUUUUAAGAUCUAUAAGAUGCCAAGGACGAGGUCAAGUGCUGCAGCUACUAAACCAGGCGAAACUAACAAGCUUGUUGAGUUCGAAGAUCAUGUGAACACGGAUGGAGAAAAUGAUAAUGACGAGGCAGUGGAGGAGGAAGUUGAGUAUGAAGAAGUAGAAGAAGAAGUAGAAGUGGAAGAAGAUGAAGAGGUAGAAGUAGAAGAGGAAGAGGUGGAAGAGGUAGAUGAGGAUGAGGAAGAGGAGGAAGUAGAAGAAGAGGAAGAAGAAACAGAGGAACAUGAUGUCAGUGGUGGUGGUGAGCAGAAUGUCAUAAAUGAUGAGAACAUGAAAGAUGCUGAGAUAGAAGAGGAGGUGAAAAAAAAACACAAUCAACUUCUUGCACUUCCUCCUCAUGGUUCAGAGGUUUACCUCGGUGGCUUUACUCAAGAUGUUUCUGAAGAUGACCUUAGGAGUUUUUGCGGAUCCAUAGGGGAAGUUACAGAGGUAAAUCAUUUCCGUCCUUCUUGUGUGCAAUGUCUAUUUGACUUCUUAUCCUGCAGAGGUUUUGCAUGCCAAUUGCAGAUCAGGAUAAUGAAAGGAAAGGGCUCAAAUGAGAACAAAGGAUAUGCAUUUGUCACUUUCAGGACGAAGGAAAUGGCAUCUGAGGCCAUCAAGUCUCUUAAUAAUACUGAACUUAAGGGAAGAAGGUUGAAGUGUUCUACAUCUCAGGAAAAGCACCGGUUGUUCAUUGGUAACGUUCCAAGAAGCUGGGGGGAGGAAGAUAUGAAAAAGGUUGUAACCAAGGUUGGGCCUGGUGUUAUUACUGUGGAGCUACUAAAGGACCCACAAAACUCUAGCCGAAAUCGUGGUUUUGCAUUCAUUGAGUAUUACAAUCAUGCAUGUGCUGAAUAUUCCAGAGAAAAGAUGUCUGAUUCGAGCUUUAAACUUGAUGAAAAUGCCCCAACAGUGAGCUGGGCAGACCCGAAGAAUGUAGAAUCUUCGGCUUCCUCUCUGGUUAAAGCCGUCUAUGUGAAGAAUCUACCCAAAAAUGUUACCCAGGAUCAGCUGAGAAAGUCGUUUGAGCAUCAUGGGAAGAUCACAAAGGUGGUUCUUCCUCCUGCAAAACCAGGGCAUGAAAAUAGCAGAUUUGGCUUUGUUCACUUUGCUGAAAGAUCUAGUGCAAUGAAGGCUUUGAAGAAUACAGAGAAAUAUGAGAUAGAUGGUCAAGUUUUGGAGUGCUCGCUUGCUAAGCCACAGGCAGAUCAAAAGUCUUCUGGACAACCAAAUUCACAGAAGGGAGCUGUUCUUCCUUCCUAUCCCUCUCCUCUUGGAUAUGGCUUGGUUGGUGCUAACUAUGGUGCUGUUAGUGGAGGUUUAACCCAACCGCUGGUCUAUGGAAGGGGAGCUGCGCCUCCUGGCUUGGCAAUGAUACCGAUGCUUUUGCCUGAUGGAAGGAUUGGAUAUGUCCUGCAACAGCCACAACCUCAGACACCACAACCAUCGCAAAGAGGUGGCCGCAGUGGGACAACAGCAGGUUCAAGUGGUGGAAGACGUGGUGGUGAUAGAGGCCGUGGACGUAGCCGAUACAACCCUUACUGAGUAAUGAAUUCACUGUUUGACUUCUCUAGGAUGGUCUCGAGCGUGGGAUGCUCAUUUGAAAUGUAUUUGUCUGAUAUUUGAACAUGGAGAUAGUUUGUACAUCAAUGUGACAUAUAGGGAAAACAACUGAAAUGGCAAGUUGCAUCUUCUUUUUCAAAA